AUGCCUAGGUCAUCUUUGUGUCAGAGAGUGAUACUGGAGUAUUUUUGUAGGUGUCCCGUAUAUUUGAAAAAAAUAUAUGAGAGAGAGAGAGAGAGAGAGAGAGAGAGAGAGAGAGAGAGACAGGAGACAGGAGACAGAGAGACAAAGACAGGAGACAGAGAGACAAAGACAAGAGACAGGGAGACAGACAAGAGACAGGGAGACAAAGACAAGAGACAGGGAGACAAAGACAAGAGACAGGGAGACAAAGGCAAGAGACAGGGAGACAAAGACAAGAGACAGGGAGACAAAGGCAAGAGACAGGGAGACAAAGACAAGAGACAGGGAGACAAAGACAAGAGACAGGGAGAAAGGAGCGAGGGAGACAGGAGAGAGGGAGACAGGAGACUGGGAGACAGGAGGCAGACAGAGGAGGGGGAGAGUAGAAACUGUGGUCCAUCAGAAAUGACUUCAGCUUUUUUUUUGAACAAGCUGUCUUGCUUUACCAACUUGAUGUUGUUAGUUAGGUGGUUUAGACGAUUGUGUGCUUCUAUGAAGGACACUUUUCUGGUAGGCUGUUGUUCUAGCAUAGGAGGCACGAAUGUUAUUGCCAUUUCUUCUUGUAUGAUUCUGAUAGCUCGUUUCUGGGUUUUGAAAACAAAUAGACUAUAG